AUGGCCAUAUUAAACAAAAGAAUACUAGCCCAUUUUUUAAAAUCGAAAGAAUUGCAAUCAAUUAGAAAUGGAAAAAGAAGGUUUGUGCAACUGAAGAAGAAUAACAUCUACCUGGAUAAGAAAGGUCCUAGCGAAUGUAGUAAAUCCUUGAAGCCAGGUGGUAGCGAAAACAAUGAAAGCUAUACUAUCCGCACUAGCAAUGAUAGAAGUUAUGAUGGAAAUGUCAGAAUUGAUCACUUAUCUAAUCAUACUUCUAAUUCGUACAAGAAUGAUAAACUUAGUGGUGAGAAUAAAGCAGGGAGGAUGUCAGAGGCGAUGCCUUAUCAAAGGCAGAAGGAACAAGAUGGAAUAUGGAUGAUGGAAGAAAAAGAAGAGGGUGAAAUAGAAAGGAGAAAAGAAAACAUAAAAAUGAAUGAUUUCCACUAUUUUAACAUUUAUCUACUGAAGGGAAAUGAUUUUGUGAUGUUCGUGUCAAGAUACAACUUUUAUGAAAACAAGAACAUGUACGCAUGCAUAUUAAUCCAUUUGAAUACUAUAUACAGCACAUUAACUGUUAAGGACAUAAUUAAAAUUUUAGAAAAAAUAUAUGAACAGAACAAAACAUCUUUUUCUCAUCAUUUUAUCAAAGGAAAUAAAAUACUAAACUUGUAUACACAUUUAUGUAAUAAUCUGAAUAAAUUCAACACAUCAGAUAUUAUUACUUUAUUGAAAUGUUGUUCAUACACCACUAAUGAGUAUCCUGUGAAAUGCUUAAAACUUUUAAAAAAAAUUAUUUUAUCAAAACCUUUGUCUUGUUUCACCAAUAAACAAAUACAUGACAUAUGCUCUUGUUUAAUUAAAAUAAAGAAUGAUUUUCACUCUAAGAAAUUAUCAUAUGAUGAUACACUUCAUCUUAAGAUGCAAAACCAUUUGAGGUGCACCAUUCUGAAUAUGGGUAUGCACCACUUUUUUGAAAACCUACCCCUGUACAUCAGCCUGACAAAACCGUAUCCCUACGAGGGUUCUACCCGCCUUGCAUCUAAAUUUGUUGGCCAUGUGGAACUGGCUAGUUGUGACAACGAUGUGAAACUGGCUAGCUGUGCUAACCAAAACAACUCUGUCAAUCACGACAGUCGAAGGAUGAAGAACACAUGUGAACUUAUCCUACUCAACAAGAUGAAUGAACUUAGCGGUAAUUCAGUCUUAGCUGCCGUGAGUAUAAUAAAAUGGAUGGAUCUAAAGAACCCGUCUCUUUUUAUGCAUAUAUGUGAAACCUUUUUCCAGAAUAUGUCAUGUCUGGAUACAAAAUAUGUAGUUCGUCUUUGGAGAAAAUGCCACAGUUUAAAACUUCAAAAAAAAGUGAAGAAGGAUUAUUCCCCAAGGGAAGAUAGAAGUGGAGGAAUGGUAAACUUCCAUCCAGAUGAAACAAAUAAAAGAACCAGGAACAUGUUUAUCGCUACUCAUCAGCAUCGUGAUGGUGAUAAUAAUGAUGAUCUAUCAUCAGGUACAAUGGAUGAAAGGCGAACUGAUGAUAAUAACAACGUUGACUUGAACAUAAGGGGGAAUGCUGAAACUGCACAAACAGAAGAAGAAGAAGAAGAAGAAGGUAGCAAUGUGCUUUUAAAUUUUAUUAACAACAGAGUUUAUCAAAUGAGUCUUGCACAGUUAAACAGAGUUACAUAUGGCAUAUACAGCUUUUUAGAAAACAUGAAACAAUAUUCUCAUUUAAGCAAUUUGAAAAAUAACAUGAACCUUCUAUUUUCCAUGUCUGUUCAGCACGUCACAAAUUAUUUGGACAGAGAAAUAUUUCAUCAUAACAGUGGAAAUAAGAGUAAUUGGAAUAACAAUAUUGAUAGUACUACUUCUAAUAAGGAGGGUUCAUUAUUUCUGGAUAGAAGCUACAUUUAUGGAGGGGAUCACACGUCACUCCAGAGUGACUUACAAAAAGUAGGAAGAAACGCGUAUGAUAUUAAUAUGAACACAGAUUAUAUAUACAUUUCAUCAUCCGGAGUGUACGUGAACAAAGGAAGGAAGAAAUUUUUUCACAUGGAUGGAGAAGAAGUUUUAUCAGAAAAUGAUUCUGUGCAUCUGUCUAAUAAACGUGGGUUCAACGAGGAAUUGUCCUCUAGUGAAUCACUAGCUGAUCAGACGAAGGUUACACAUAUUUGUGAUAUUCUACUUAACAUAAGCUACCUGAACAUAAGCAAAAAUCAUCGAAAAAUUAAACAUGUUUACGAAUAUAUGAACAAAUUAAUUCGACAAGAAAAAAUCCUGAUGGAUGUGAAUAAUCUCCUUAACGUGUUAAUGUGUAUAUCAAAUCUUUACUUCAAAACAAGCGACAAUUACGUCUUUCAUUUGUACAGGUAUAUAUUACACAUGUUAGAAAAAAAAAAAUGGGAAUUCAAUACAAAUAACUUUAACAAAUUAUCAAUUGCUAUUGCGCCACUGUUACACGAACAGAAUAACCUAAUAUCAAAUUAUUCAGAUUUUCUUUUGUUUUUUAUUAAAAAUGAAGUUAUUCCUUUGAGGUCAUGUGUAUUCACACUCCAGAAUAUUAUGAAAAACAUUUCCUUCAAAUUAAAUGAAUCUCUAAUUAUGUUAAAAUUAGCAAUUAUAAGUCGAAUCGAUUCCUUUUUACAAGAUGUAUUUGAAUAUACUUCCCAUGGGUUAUCUUCUGCAGAAAUUGGCAAAGCAGAUUCGUCAUAUAAAUCAAACACAGGUGAUCACCCUGAUGAUGAUUUCAAAAGUUAUUUACUUCUACAUUCAAUUAACGAGAGUACAAUGACUUGCAUAAUUAUUAGCUUAUCUAUGAUCUUGCAAAAUUCAAAGUAUGGUUCCAAGAUAAAAGAUGAGGCAACAACUCUUAUAUGUAGUAUAGUUCGUCAUAUAUCCAAUAACUCUUUAGAGAAAAUACCUAAGAAGUACAUUCAUGCUGAAUUAUUGGAAGCACUUUCUAAUGAGGAGGGCAGAAUCAAGAAGUUUUUUUUUAAGACAGACGUGUGA